AUGAGUCAGCAAAGCUCCUGGAGGAGCCGUCGAGGUCUCCGCUACUGCCCACGUGAGACAGAUCCUUGGGGGAUCUCAGCAGUCCGUUCUUCUUCUUCCCUCUCUUCUCCUUCUUCUGCGCCUCUGGCUGUUUCGUCUUCCUCGUUCCCCGCUUCGUCGCCGUCCUCGUUUCCUUUUGUCUCGCCCUCUUCUUUGCGACAGUCUCAUCGCUCUCCUGCGGCCUGUCCCUCUCCGGCUUCUUGGCCUCACUCUCCAGCCUCGGAGACGAACCCCGCCUGGGGCCAGAGUCGCGAGAAGGCUAUUUUCCCCCCGGCCGCUUUGGAUGCGUCGGACGCGUCCCUCUCCGCGGCAGAAAGCGAGGCAACUCUGCGAGACGAAGACGACGCGAGGGAACAUUCCGGGACGCGCAGGUCCGCGCGAAAUCUACAAGACGAGCGAAGGACGAGACGAGAAGAACGUGCAGACCCCGCGGGGAUGCCCGACGAGAGACGCCCUCCACAGGACUCAGAAGCAAAAAACAGACAAUCCCACUUUGACACAGCCCUCUACGAAGCCUUUCAGGACGGCGCCUCCUUCGCGCAAAUGCCAUGGCGUGUCCUCGACGCGUCCCAGCCGUGGCUACUGAAGGGCCGCCUUGGGGCUGCGUGCGAGAGAACCGAGCUGGCGAGCGAAGAAGGUCGACUUGAAAACCGAAGCCGGUCUCCGUCCUGGAGCUCUUCUCGUGAGGCGACCGGUGCGUCAGGCCUCGACGCUGGGAGAAGAGACGAAAACGACAGCUGGAAACUUCUUCUUCUCCUCACAGACUGUCGCUUCUGCUGGGCAGCGGGGUUCGCUGCGGCAGAUCUCGCCCGUCUCCAGGCGUCUCCUCUCCUGCGGCAACAGCUCUAUCUCCCCUGCCUGGCGCUGCUCAGGCUCUACCAGUCUCUGCUCCUCCGCCUGCAGUCCCAGCUUCUGUCUCGUGCGAGCGCUGGACAGCUCUCAGAAGAGGAGACCGCAGCGCGGGCCGAGGCGACGCUCACGCAGCUGAUUCAGCGCGAAGUCGACGCGCGCUUGUGCCCCGUCACGGCCUUUCCCGAUCCAGAGACGCCAGGCGAUUCGCUCUCAGCCAGGCACGUGGAAGUUCUCACUUUCUCUCCGUGGCCGAGCAUCGACAUCGCGCAGGCUUGCCGGUGCCUCCGAGGAGACGCGCCUCUCAGUCAAAACGAGGCGUUUGCAGAGCAAGGCUGCGAGACUGCGCCGCCCGCUUCUGACUGGACCAUGCCGACAGCUGUUGCGUACUUUGCUCUCACGAGAAGGCUCCUGCCGCCGCGCUGUUCGACUCCGGAGGAGUUUCGAGCCUCCGCGGCGCUGCGGGCGCAGUUCGUCGGAAGCGAGACGCUGCAGCGAGAGGCGCACAGUGUACGCACUGCAUGCAAGAGGAAAGUCUGGAGAGAAGGAGACACUUUCAUCGGGACCGGGGAAGGCGCGACAGCGAGCGCAGAGGCCCAAGGGGACAGCCCGCCUCGGGGGGGCGCAGCGGCGUCCCGGUGGCGCGAGAAGGAAGGGAUCAUUCCAGCGACAAAAAUCGUCAAAAACCGAAAGAGGGAACGAGAGACCCCAGAAACGCGACGGAGGCUGCGCUUCUCAGGAAACAGUCCCGGCGGGAACCAAGUGUAG